CACUUGUGCAUCUUCGAGCAAACAUACAGCCGACUUGACGCGACACGACCAACAAUUGGAUAUUCUUACCUCCUCCAAUACCGCUGCAAUGUCGCAACGAGCUCCACAGACGCUCUCUGUCAAGCGCAAACGCACCGAAGCGCCCGUCGACGCUUUGAUAUUCGACGACAGCGUGAAGAGACAGCGAAGCGAAGCAGACAUCUUCUUCAGGCGACUCACCAAGCCCGGCGACACACCACGUGACUCAGAAGCAUCAACGCCGACAACAGAGCGACGAUUCCACCUCGACCCCGUCUCACGGGCCCGGUCAAAGCACGUCUUCAUUGAGCGACGAGCAGCAACACAACCAGAUGCGCCCACCAACGACCAGCACGCACCUGUCCAAGAACCCACACCGCAAGAAGCACCACGCCCUCGGAAACGGCCAGGUACCCGGGCGGCCUCAACAGCCAUACCCGCGCAGCCUAUUCAGCAAACAACCCACCGCACGCAGCCCUCAGAACACGACGUCCGCGAACUAGAAGCCCUCUCACACAAACUCGAGCAUGAGGAAACGCAUGCACACCUCUCGCCCUCAAAGUACAAGCCCAAAGCACCCAUGCGCCGCUUCGCCGAACGCGAGCCCGAGAAAGCAGCCGCACUCGCCGCGCGGGAUGGUGAUGGCGACGGUGAUGCUAUGGACGUCGACAGCGACGAAUACGUGAUCGACACAUACAUCCGCGAGGCCCUUCUCCCCGACGCCUCAGGCAAUCUGCCCACGGCAACCGGCACAGUGGGUUUUCUGGUGCUCAACGAGGAGGACGAGGAUUGGUGGAACGGGUCGGAUUCAGAUGACAAGGAGUUUGAUACAGAUGACGACGAUUCGAAUGCGGAGGAGUACUACGCGAACGACUACCCGGAGGAUGAGUUGAGUGAGGACGAUGAAUUCGACCGCGAUCCAUACAAGGCGAACCACCGCCAUGGAAGUGAUGACGAGGAGUUCAAUGCGAACGAUAGUGGCGACGACAACGUGAUGGGCAGUGAAGAGGACGAAGAUGAUUUGCACUACAAGAUGACGGUUCCGAAGGCGAAGAGGACGGGGUAUUGGGGUAUGACCGGGCAGUAGUUCGGCAGGAGAAUGAGUUUUAGCGUGCGCAUGGUUGGCGAAGUGGAGAUACCCAGGCCUUGUUUGUGUGCAGUUGCACUCGCCCCGAACAACGCAGGACUGAUGUAUGACAGUGUAUCGAAGAAUGAUGCAUAACGUAUGGCGCACGACGCGCCUGCAAAGCUUCACAGCAAUUCUCUAAUGUCCGACAUCCUCAUCU